AUGGAGGCAGACAGACUAGAGACAGAUCUGGGCAUCGCCGCCGACAUUGAAGAAGCCCAGAUUCUUCGUGCACAGGAGCAACAGACUAGUGUAUCAGAUACAACACACGGCGAAGGGGCAACCAAACAGCCAAAGAAACGAUUUGUUGGAAGGCGAACAGCUGCGGAAGCGGCCGCAAAGAACGAUGUGAACAGCCCAGCAUCUUCUAGUAAUGCUGUUGGAACUGCAAAGCCAAAGCGUGCUCCCCGACUCCUUAACAGAGUGCCCCCCGAAAUCUCCGAAGACCCAGCGCUCAAGGAAGCCAUUGCUCUCCUACCCUCCAACUACAGCUUCGAAAUCCCAAAGACGAUUCACCGCAUCCGUUCGGCUGGCGCCAAAAAGGUUGCUCUCCAAAUGCCCGAAGGACUGCUCCUUUUCGCUACCACAAUAUCCGACAUCUUGGCCCAAUUCUGCCCGGGUAUCGAGACUCUCAUCAUGGGCGAUGUCACCUAUGGCGCUUGCUGUAUUGACGAUUAUACUGCACGUGCGCUGGGCUGCGAUGUCCUGAUUCACUACGCACAUAGCUGCCUCAUUCCGGUAGACGUCACAAAGAUCAAGACGCUCUAUGUAUUUGUCGAUAUUAGCAUCGAUACCCAACACCUGCUCGCUUCGCUGGAGCGCAACUUUGCCAGCGGUAAGAUAAUUGCAGUCGUUGGCACUAUUCAGUUCAACGCCACUAUUCACGGCGUUCGAAGUGCUCUUGAAGCAGCUGGAUUUAAAGUUAUUGUCCCUCAAAUAAUGCCCCUUAGCCGAGGCGAGAUUCUUGGCUGCACAUCACCGCGUCUCAGAGAGGAAGACAAUAUCGACCUGAUACUCUACCUUGGCGACGGCCGCUUCCACUUGGAAAGCAUCAUGAUCCAUAACCCAUCUAUACCUGCAUACCGAUACGAUCCUUACUCGCGCAAGCUUACCCGAGAAACCUACGGCCACGAUGAAAUGCAGUCCCUCCGCCGGACGGCUAUCACAACUGCACGCACCGCCAAGCGCUGGGGUCUCAUUCUCGGAUCCCUCGGCCGUCAAGGAAACCCGCAUACUAUGGAGUUGAUAGAGAAGGAGCUGAAAGCUAGAGGAAUACCAUGGGUCAACCUGUUACUAAGCGAAAUCUUCCCAGGCAAACUUGCCAUGAUGAGCGAAGUCGAAUGCUGGGUACAAGUAGCAUGCCCACGACUUAGCAUAGACUGGGGUUAUGCUUUCCCGAGACCAUUGCUUACUCCGUAUGAAGCGCUGGUCGCUCUAGGCGUUAGAGAUGACUGGUCAAAACAGGGUGUCUACCCAAUGGAUUAUUAUGGCAAAGAAGGCCUUGGUCGAGUCAAGGCCCCGGAGCAGACGCCGGCUUAG